CGCAAGAGCCGCAUCUAUAAAUAGAGCACCCCGGAUCGCCCACCACCGUAAGAAAAGACCUCCGAGAAAAAGAAAGGAAAACCCGUCGCAUUUCUCGCUUUCGCUUUCUUUGCCGGUUCCCGGAAGUUGAAAUCCGUCGGAAACUCGACGAGGAGAUUGGUUCUUGGUCGGAUCUUUGUAUGUUAGAGCGUGGAGAGGGGAGGAGGAGUCCCGGUGAAACGGCGAUUUUUCUCCACAGAUAUCGGAGUUCCGGAGGGAGGAGGAGAUGGACCAGAAGCAUAUACUCAUGUCGGCCGUGGGGCUGGGGCUCGGCGUCGGGGUGGGACUUGGGCUGGUCUCCGGGCAGACGGUCGGAAAAUUGGUGGCGCCGGCGAACUCCUCGGCCGGCGUGACGGCGGAGAACAUCGAGAAGGAGCUAAUGAGGCAGGUCCUGGACGGGAGGGCCAGCACAGUUACCUUCGAUGAGUUCCCUUAUUACCUCAGUGAACAGACCCGAGCUAUACUAACAAGUGCAGCCUAUGUUCACCUGAAGCAAGUGGACUUGUCAAAGUACACCCGAAACCUUUCUCCCGCAAGUCGAGCCAUUUUGCUCUCAGGCCCUGCAGAGCUUUACCAACAAAUGCUUGCCAAGGCACUAGCCCAUUACUUUGAGGCCAAAUUGUUGUUGCUAGAUGUGACUGACUUCUCACUCAAGAUUCAGAGCAAAUAUGGCAGUUCCAAUAAAGAUUCUUUUUUUAGAAGAUCUGUAUCUGAGGCAACUUUGGAGAGAAUUUCUAGUUUACUUGGAUCUGUUUCAAUCCUUCUGCAGAGGGAGGAACCUAAAGGAUCAUUGCGUAGGCAAAGCAGCAGUUUAGAGUUAAGGCCAAGGGCAUCAGAUAGCAAUAGCAGCAUGCCUGGGCUUCGUAAAAAUGCAUCAGUCUCAGCUGAUAUGAAUGGCCUUACAUCACAAUGUGCUCCUGUAAAUCCAGCUCCUCUCAAACGCACCAGCAGCUGGUCUUUUGGUGACAAGGUUCUUCUACAAUCACUUUACAAGGUCUUAGCUUCAGUGUCAAAAAGUAAUCCCAUUGUCCUAUAUGUAAGGGAUGUUGAGAAUCUUGUGUACAGAUCACAAAGAAUAUAUUCUUUAUUUCAGAAAAUGCUGAAAAACCUUUCAGGACCAGUGUUGAUACUUGGUUCAAGAUUGUUGGAAUCUGAUAGUGAUUAUAGAGAUGUGGAUGGAAGGGUCAAUAGCCUGUUCCCUUACAAUAUAGAGAUUAAGCCUCCAGAAGAUGAGACUCAUUUGGUUAGCUGGAAAUCUCAGCUAGAGGAAGACAUGAAAAUGAUACAAAUUCAGGAUAAUAGAAACCACAUUACAGAGGUGCUUGCGGCAAAUGAUCUUGCGUGCGAUGAUUUGGGCUGUAUCUGCCUGGCAGAUACAAUGGUUCUCAGUAAUUACAUAGAGGAAAUUGUCGUGUCAGCUGUUUCUUACCAUUUGAUGAAUAACAAGGAGCCUGAAUACAGAAAUGGAAAGCUUGUCAUUUCUUCGAAGAGUUUGUCCCAUGGAUUAAGUAUAUUCCAAGAAAGUAGGCUUUCUGGUGAGGACACUAUAAAGCUGGAGGCAAAUGUUGAGUCAGGGAAGGAAGCUGUAAAUGAAGAUGGUGCAGCUGCAGCUGUGGAAAAAGCUGAGAAAAUGGCACCAGGGGUGAAAGAUUCUGAGGGUUCAUCUCUACCACCAAAAGCACCUCAGGAAGUUUCUCCAGACAAUGAAUUUGAAAAGCGGAUCAGACCAGAGGUCAUCCCAGCGAAUGAAAUUGGGGUGACGUUUAAUGACAUAGGUGCCCUUGAUGAAAUCAAAGAAUCUCUUCAGGAACUAGUGAUGCUUCCCCUUCGACGUCCUGACCUCUUUAAUGGAGGCCUUCUGAAGCCUUGCAGAGGAAUACUGCUGUUUGGGCCACCUGGAACUGGGAAGACAAUGCUAGCCAAGGCCAUAGCAAAUGAAGCUGGAGCAAGUUUCAUCAAUGUUUCAAUGUCCACUAUCACGUCGAAGUGGUUCGGGGAAGAUGAAAAGAAUGUCAGAGCUUUGUUUACACUGGCUGCUAAGGUUGCCCCUGCAAUCAUUUUCGUGGACGAGGUUGAUAGCAUGCUUGGGCAGCGAACUAGGGUGGGAGAACAUGAGGCAAUGCGGAAGAUCAAGAACGAGUUCAUGACCCACUGGGAUGGGCUCUUAACAAAGUCUGGGGAGAGAAUCCUUGUUCUAGCAGCGACAAACAGACCAUUUGAUCUCGAUGAAGCAAUUAUUAGGAGGUUUGAGCGCAGAAUCAUGGUUGGACUACCAUCAGUGGAGAGCAGGGAGUUAAUUGUAAGGAAACUUUUGUCAAAAGAAAAGGUUGAAGAAGGACUUGACUACAAGGAGCUUGCGACCAUGACAGAAGGAUACAGUGGUAGCGAUCUUAAGAACCUAUGUGUGACGGCAGCAUACCGCCCUGUUAGAGAGCUAAUUCAGAGAGAGAGGCUUAAGGAACUGGAGAAGCAGAAAGCUGAGGAAGUAGAGAGUUCAGCAGAGCGUUCAGAAAAUAGGGAAGAGGAUGGCGAGCAAGCAAUUACCCUCAGACCAUUAAACAUGGAAGACUUGAGGCAGGCAAAGAAUCAGGUUGCUGCUAGUUUUGCCGCUGAGGGUUCUGUGAUGAGUGAACUAAAGCAAUGGAAUGAUUUACAUGGGGAAGGUGGCUCGAGAAAGAAGCAACAGUUAUCUUACUUCCUAUAAAGCAUACAUGUAUAUACAAACCAGUGGAAACAAGAUUCGCCCCUAAAUAUCACCAAUCGAUGAUGUUCAAAGGGACCAUGAAGUUGCUGGUUGGCUUCCAGGAUUGGCGAGCAUUUCAGUAGUGGUGGGGCUUGCAGAUAGAAAACUGGUAUAAUGUUGCAUGGCUAUAUGUCAGAGGUAAUUUAUACCCAUUUAGGAUGUACUAUUUUUCCAAAAUGAUAUAUUAUCUGGUAUGCGCGUAUAUAGUUGUUAUUUGUUGUA